AUAUACUGACAUGGCCCACUGUACGACAUAUGAUGUAAUAUAUUCAUACGACACCCACUGUACUAUAGAAUAAGCGGGAAACCUAGUUUAAGUUAACUGUAAACGUUAUAUUGUCAUCCCUUUCUACCGAGUACUGCAGCAUAAGAGAUCGCGGAUAAGUAUACCUGUCUCGCUCACACAGAUGACCGAGAAUAAGGAAGAGGGAGAAUCGUUGCGACACUCUGUGUUAUGCGUUCGAGGAAAGCGGUUGUGAAAUUAUAAAAUAAAGAAGUUAAACCGAAACUAUCGCCGGAGUACAUUUAUUUGCCUAUUACAAUAUCAGAAGUGGUUCUUACUCAAAAUGCCUGACAUCGAUCUAAACCAAUUCACGGUAGUUCAGUUAAAAAACUGGUUAAAUGUGCUCGGGCUGCAAACCUCGGGCUCGAAAGCAGAGUUGAUGGCGCGUCUGCAGGCCCUAUCAUCAGAGGCACGUGGUGAUCCACCAAAUGGAGCUCCAUUUAACAGCCAGCAGCCGCCAGAAACCGAAGUAGAGGGAGCCGCAUCAUUGCCGCUGCAACAACAUUUGGAAGGCGCACAGGAAGCUUUGUUCGACUCUGAUACGAUGACGUCACAGGCAGUGGACGGUAUACGCACGGAGAACGUUUCUCUGGUAGAUAUCGAAAGGGUGAAGCUGCAGAAAAUUCUCGACGAAAUCGACGCAAACAAGGCCAUAUUGCAACAGCUUCAAGCGGAGAUCGCUGACGUCACCAGGGACAAGCCAAAUCAUGCUCAGCAAGUCCAUGACGUCAUCGAAAGCAACAUCGAAACUUCUGGAAACCUUAACAGUUUCGCUUGCAUCGACGCUGUUAACGCUAACAGCGCCAGGGUUAACAGCGCCAGGGAUAGCUUCGAUAUCGAUAAUUUUAGUGUUGGAAAGCACGCCACAGACAGUGCUGAUCAAUGCCAGCUUACAAAUGUAAACAAAUUGUUAGAAUCUCCAGCAACUGCACUCGCACUGGCAAAGGACGUAACAAUGGACUACGACGGCAACUCGUGUGCCCGUAACUGGGUCACACAACUGCAAAACAUUGCGCAGGUGUACAACUUGGACUCGUUCGUGGUGCGUAUGCUCCUCAUUGCCAAACUAAAAGGAAAGGCCCAAAUUUGGCUGCACGCAAACGCAACACGCAUUUUGGAGCCAACCGACCGCCUUUGUGAGCAGCUGAUCCUAGCAUUUGCAUCUAAGAUGUCAAAGGGGGAGCUAAGGAACGCGUUCCAAAGUCGACAGUGGCGUUCAGGAGAAAGGUUCGCUUCUUAUUUCGAGGAGAAAAUUAUGCUGGCCAACGAUAUAAACAUCGACAAGGAGGAGCUCAUCGAAAACAUCAUCGAAGGAAUUCCGGCACCAGGGCUACGCGACCAAGCUCGCAUACAAUGUUUCGCCGAACCUGGGCAGAUUUUGGAAGCCUUCUCAGGAAUCCGUUUACCUGAACGAAAGCAGGAAGUCAAUUCUGCGCAGCGCUCUUCCGGAAAGGUUGCAGACACAAAGGACUUCCGUUGCGCCAAUUGCAACUCAAAAGGCCACUACGCCAAGGACUGCCAGAAACCGAAACGAGAGCCCGGAUCGUGCUACGCAUGUGGCAAAUUUGGACACUUUGUGGGUCAGUGCCCUGAGCGCAAGAGCGCAAAUACAAACAAAUACCAUGCCUCAUAGACACUGGCAGCCCAAUAUCAUUCGCCAAAACAGGUGUUAUAUCCUCUAAAAUUAAGAUGGAGUUCGUUUCUGAAAACUACUUUGGGCUGAAUAAAAGCCAACUGAAAAUCUAUGGAAGAAUACUUUGUUACAUAAUUAAAGAACGAUUAAAAUGUCAUUUUUACCUGUAUAUUGUGCCCAAUGAGUCUAUGAGUCAUGAGGUUGUUCUUGGGCGGAAUUUUAUGGAUGCUUGCAAUUUAGAAUUAGAUUUAAGCACCUUAAAAAUGAUCACGAUUGAGCCUGCGAAUGCCGAUUGCAAUGGAAAUAUAUGCAAUGCCUGGGAAUUUAAACUAACACAUAAUUUAGAUGUUAGCAAGAAACCGGAAAGUGCUAUCGAAAUUCUGAAGGAUACAAUUAGUGAUACAGUUAGCGAAACAGUUAGUGAUACAGUUAGUGAAACAGUUAGUGAUACAGUUAGUGAUACAGUUAGUGAAACAGUUAGAGAGACAGUUAGUGAUACAGUUAGAGAAACAGUUAGUGAUACAGUUAGAGAAACAGUUAGUGAUACAGUUAGUGAUACAGUUAGAGAUACAGUUAGUGAUACAGUUAGCGAAACAGUUAGUGAUAAAGUUAGCAAACCAAUUAGUGAUAAGGCUAGAGAAACAGUAAAGGAUUCAGUUAGUGAUAGAGUUAGAGAAACAAUUAGUAAUACAUUUAGUAAUUCGAUUAAUGAUUUUUUAAGCAAAGCAGUGCAUGAUACAGUUAUACAAGAAAUUGGUGAUACAGGUACUGAAAAAGUUAGUUUUAAAGACUUUGGAACAAUAAGUGUUUCGAUCGGGGAUACAGACAACCCUAUAGUUAGUAAGGCAACCUGUCCGGCUGCCAUCGACGAAGUUAGUAAGGGCGAUGUAGUCAAUAACAAAAAUGAAAGCAAUAUGUCUAUAACGAUUCGGGAAAUGCUAAGCAUAAACUAUAUGGAUGACGAAGACACUGAUUACAUAUGCGGUACAAUUGAUAAUCAAGAUCUUUUACCUCAAUUAAAAGAGAUAAUUGAACACAAUUACAUUAGGGUAGAAAAACCAAAGGAACCGGUUAUUAAAAGUGAGAUAAAACUUAAUUUAGAAAACUCGAAACCGUUUAGUUGUGCUCCGCGGCGGCUUGCCUAUGCGGAAAAAGAAAAACUGCAAAAACUUUUGGACGAUUAUUUAGAAAACGGGAUCAUUCAACCAAGCCAGUCUGAAUAUGCUUCUCCUAUAGUUUUAGUAAAGAAAAAAACCGGAGACAUACGACUUUGCAUAGAUUUUAGAAAACUUAACAAGGUUUUAAUCAAAGACAAUUACCCUAUACCGCUUAUCGAUGACCUGUUAGACAAGUUAGCUAAUAAAAAAGUAUUUUCAAAACUUGAUCUAAAAAACGGUUACUUUCACGUUUUUGUCAAUAAAGAAUCAAUUAAGUAUACUUCUUUUGUAACACCGUUAGGCCAAUUUGAAUUUCUUAGAAUGCCAAUGGGUCUGAAAACGGCUUCAGCAGUUUUUCAAAGGUUUAUAAAUAAAAUCUUCGAUGACCUUAUUAGAAAGAAUCAAGUAAUCGUGUACAUGGACGACAUUAUGAUCGCCAGCAAAGAUGUUAAUGAACAUUUUCAGAUUUUAAAGGAGGUGUUUCUCAGACUUGCUAAGAAUAAGUUGGAACUACGUAUGGAUAAAUGUGAGUUCCUACAACAGAGUAUUAAAUAUUUGGGUUUCAUUAUAAACGGCCAGGGCAUCAAAGCUGAUGAUAAAGGAAUAGAGGCAAUCCAAAAUUUUCCGAUACCAGACAAAACGCAACAUGUUCAAAGUUUUUUGGGCUUAUGUUCUUAUUUCCGUAGAUUCAUUAAAGAUUUUUCGACUCUAGCCAAACCUUUAUAUGAUCUCUUGAGAAAAGACGAGAAAUUCCAUUUUGGAGAAAAGGAAAUGAGCUGCUUUAUGAUGCUUAAAAAUAAGUUAGUUGAAGCACCAGUGUUAGCCUUAUACAACCACAAAGACGAGGUAGAGCUACAUUGCGAUGCCAGCUCUCUUGGUUUCGGAGCCGUACUACUCCAAAAGAAAGAAGAUGGAAAAUUGCACCCCAUCUUUUAUUUUUCCAAACGCACAAGCAUUGCUGAAUCGAAAUACCAUAGUUUUGAGCUUGAAACCAUGGCCAUUAUUCACGCAUUGCGUAGAUUUAGGAUAUAUUUAUUUGGUAGACAUUUCAAGAUUAUUACUGACUGUAACUCGCUAACGUUAACACUUAAUAAAGUCGAACUGAAUCCGCGUAUAGCUAGAUGGGCAUUAGAGCUACAAAAUUAUGACUACGAUCUAAUACAUAGGGAAGGAAACAGAAUGCAACACGUUGACGCCCUUAGCAGAUGUACAAACAUUUUAAUAGUAGAAACAAAUUCAUUUGAAGACAAUCUGGUUAUUUGCCAAGCCAAGGACCCAAAAGUUCAGAAGAUAAAGAAACAGUUAGAGGAACAUGAGCAUAAAUUAUUCGAAAUGAGAAACGGAAUAGUCUAUAGAAAGAGCAACGAUGACAGAUUAUUAUUUUACGUACCUAUUGAUAUGGAAGAGCAUAUACUCUUUAAAUACCACAAUGAAAUCGGUCAUAUAGGGAGAGACAAAAUGUUAGAUAUUAUUGCAAAGAGUUAUUGGUUUCCAAACGCCAAGGAGAAGUGUAUAAGUCACAUAAAAAAUUGCCUAAAAUGUGUAGCAUUUUCCCCCAAUACAGGUAAAGAAGGAUUUUUACAUUCAAUUCCAAAAGGUAGUAAGCCCUUCGAACUUAUCCACAUUGACCAUUAUGGUCCAGUCGAUUCGGGAAGAUCAAAGAAACAUAUUUUUGUCGUCGUUGACGGUUUUACCAAGUUUGUACGUUUAUAUACCACAAAGACAACAAAUACCCGAGAAGUUAUCAUAGCCCUUAAAGAUUAUUUUAGAGCAUACAGCAAGCCCAAAUGCAUUAUUUCGGAUAGAGGAAGCUGUUUCACUUCCAAAGAGUUUGACGAUUUUAUGUUAGAAUUUGAUAUUAAGCAUAUGAAAAUAGCAACAGGAUCACCUCAAGCAAAUGGCCAGGUAGAAAGAAUAAACAGAAGUCUUGGACCAAUGAUAGCCAAGCUGGUAGAGCCAGAGAAAGGUAUAUACUGGGACUUAGUAAUAGAUAAAGUAGAGCAUGUGCUAAAUAACACUCAGCAUCGUAGUAUUAAACAAAGCCCAAGCAAAAUGUUAUUCGGCUUAGAGCAAAGAGGAAAAGUAGUAGACGAAUUAAAGGAAAAGCUUGAAGAAUUAGAUAAUGCACCAGAAGACAGAGACCUGGAAAACGUUAGAAUCAAAGCAGAAAAAUGUCAGGAAAAAGCACAAGCAUAUAACAAACUGCAAUAUGAUAAAAAAGCUAGAAAACCGUCACAGUAUAAAAAAGGAGACUAUGUAAUGGUCAAGAAUUUCGAUAGCACAACUGGCGUCUCUAGAAAAUUAAUUCCGAAGAACAAGGGCCCGUAUGUAAUUUCAAAAGUACUAAGAAAUGACAGAUUUUUGUUAAAAGAUGUUGAAGGAUUCCAGGUAUCACGCAACCCUUACCAAGGUGUAUGGAGCAUUAAUAAUAUUAAACACUGGGUAGGUUCCAAAAAGAAAUAAAAAAAAAAAACCAUUGCAAAAUAUGUUAUAUAUAAUAAUCAUUACCUAUAAGAAAAAUUAAUAAGAACUGCAACACAUUUUGUAAAUAAAUAAAUAAACUUUAAUUAAUGUUCACAGUGAUCAGGGGAUCAUACAGUCAGGAUGGCCGAGUUGUAGUAGGACAUAUACUGACAUGGCCCACUGUACGACAUAUGAUGUAAUAUAUUCAUACGACACCCACUGUACUAUAGAAUAAGCGGGAAACCUAGUUUAAGUUAACUGUAAACGUUAUAUUGUCAUCCCUUUCUACCGAGUACUGCAGCAUAAGAGAUCGCGGAUAAGUAUACCUGUCUCGCUCACACAGAUGACCGAGAAUAAGGAAGAGGGAGAAUCGUUGCGACACUCUGUGUUAUGCGUUCGAGGAAAGCGGUUGUGAAAUUAUAAAAUAAAGAAGUUAAACCGAAA